AUGAACGAUCUGCGUUCUAAACUUACUGAAAAAUACCGUGAUGCUAUUCUUGGUUCUGUGGACGAUGCCAGGCCUAUUGCACGAGCAAUAUUGACUCGACGUAUCUUAAAUAGAUAUAAGCCUUUUCCUAAAACUAACAAAACACCGGAUGAAUUUGCUGGGGGUGGGUUAAUUCGAUUCGAACAAAUAGAAAAUAGUCCAAACGGAUACCUCGUUGCGCCGUACAUCUGGCUCUGGGUAUUUGCAGAGAUAUCUCAACAACAAGGAGAUCCAAUACUUCGAGAUUGGGAGUUCGCUGAUUAUGAGGAACAAAGAGCACUCCUGAAUCCAGUAACAUCGUUACAAGCAAAGUCAUGGCAGAGUUUUGAAAAUUUUGUCGCAUCAUUUCGUUGUAUAAAGUCAGCUGUGAUUGAAGAAGAUGAGCUAGUAACGAUCUCAGAUGUUCACGCGGGAGCACGUUUGAAUGGUGAUAUCCAAUUUAAAAACCACAAUCUACGACUUGAAAUUGCAAAACAUUAUACAGACACAAAAUCUAAAAGUCUCACUACAAGCGAAUGGAAUGUUGAUUGCAGCCAUUCUACCGUUGAUGUCCGGCAAUUCAAACAUUGUAUAAUUAAUGCUCCUACUUCACCAUAUGGAGAUUCCUUCCUUUCAUUAGAUCAGCCGGGUACCGAGAAUUCGAAUGAAAUUCACCAAUUUAAAUUGCGGGAAAAGGCAGUCAGUAAAAAGGAGUACCAGGAAGAGCGUGAAAAAUCUGCAUCGAAAAAUGAUUUUUUCAUACUCUUUACUACUGCAAAUUGUAAUGCUGAAAUUCCAAAAAGGUCUGGAAUCGUAGAUAGAAAUGCUUUUACGAACUAUUUUGGACCAUUUGCUGGAAGAGCAUAUAGAUCUAUCCGUAAUAAUAAAGUCAAAAACAUCCAUACUGUUUCUCUUGGGCAAAUGCGCAACAUGGAUCAAAUUAGCAAAGAACGAGUGAAUGUAAAAACAAAGAGAUCAAUGAAGAAUUUUUAUUUCCGAAAAGGACUUCACAUGAUUUCUCGCAUUUUGCCUCGAUUCAUGUGA